UGGAAGUACGAAGCAGAAAGAGAGAGAAAGAAAUUUAACCUUUUCAUUUAUCGGAUAAAAGCUCAGUGUUUGUUGAGCUUUCAUUGAAACAAUCAUUUCUCUACCAACGGGGGCUUAUGGUUGAUACUAAAAAAUAUUAGUAAUGGAUUAUAACAGUUACAGAGCAAUGUGUGAAGCAUCACUAGAGCACAUAAAGAGAAGUGAAAAAUCAAUAAUUAAAACACUGCAAAAUCAACAGAAGCAAUCUAUGGACGAGAAACGACAACGAGCGGAAAGAAAUGAAAAUAUUUUACGAACGCUUGAACGAAUAGAUUCACAGGCAACAGCGUUAGCUGCGAAAACAGAACGUUUGAAAGCACUCAAGGUUGGAAUGUUCUCCAUGAAAUAUUAA